GCUUAGAUUCGGACCUGAGUGGACGACUGCAUGGCCAGCAUCUGGCCCGGGAGCUGGUCCUGCGCACGGUGAAGGGCUACCUGGAAGUGCCCCGGCCCGACAAGGCCCUGGCGCUGUCCUUCCACGGCUGGUCGGGCACUGGCAAGAACUUCGUGGCCCGGAUGCUGGCUGAGAACCUGUAUCGAGACGGGCAGAGGAGCGCCUGUGUCAGGAUGCUCAUCGCCACGAUCCACUUCCCGCACCCCAAGUACGUGGACCUGUACAAGGAGCAGCUGAUGGCCCAGAUCCGGGAGACUCAGCAGCGCUGCCGCCAGACCCUGUUCAUCUUCGACGAGGCCGAGAAGCUGCACCCCGAGCUGCUGGAGCUCCUGGGGCCGCACCUGGAGCGCCGCGCGCCCGGGGACGCCCGCGCCGGGCCACCGAGGAGCAUAUUCGUUUUUCUCAGUAACCUUGGGGGCAAUGUCAUCAACGAGCUGGUCCUGGAGUGGCUGCAGGCUGGCAGGGCCCGGGAGGAAAUCACCGCGGAGCAGCUGGAGCCCCAGCUCCGGGCCGAGGUCGCGGCGUCCACGGACAGCGGCUUCGGCGCCAGCCGCCUGGUGAAGGAAAACCUGAUCGACGCCUUCGUCCCCUUCCUGCCCCUGGAGUUCGGCCACGUGCGGCUGUGCGCACGGGACGCUUUCCUGAGCCAAGGGCUCGCGUACACAGAGGAGGCCCUGGACAGCAUCGCCCGGCUCAUGGUCUACGUCCCCAAGGAGGGGCAGCGCUUCUCAGCCCAGGGCUGCAAGUCUGUUUCCCAGAGAAUUCACUACUUCCUGCCGUGAGCACUCAGACCAAGACUGGGCCAAGGGAGCGCGCUACGGGAGGGGCACCGUGGCUCCCAGCCGCCGCUCUCGUGGGAACGACACCAGGUGCCUUAGCAACUCCCACUCCACAAGGUGCGCCAGUGAGAGGCGCCUGCUGCCAGGACUCUGCACGGGCCUCCCUGGGCUCGCAGCUCCUGUGUGCAGACCUCAGCGGGUGGGGUGGGGGGCGCGGUGGGCGUCAGGUGCCAAAGCAGAGACUGCCGCUCUGUGGCCGAGGGGGCGGACAGCCUGUGUGUGUUUGUAAAGCAUGGGGGUGGUGGCUUGUACGACAAACACAACAAUGCAAGAAGGAGCCUUGCCUUGGCCAAGAUUAAAAUGUGGCUUUCUACCACCUCGGCCAGCCUUCUGCCUGAGAGCCAGGCUCGGGGACUCCUGCGGGCCGUGGCGGAGAUGGGCUGCCAUUGCACAGUGCUACCUCUCAGCACCCAGGUUAAAAACAAACACAGGAUGGAGGAGGGCGUGGCAGCAUGCGGAAGACAGUGACAGGCACAGCCCAGGUCUUUCCUCUGUCUCUUCCCAAAGCUCUCGUCUUGAGCCCCCGGGAAAUGGAACCCCUCUGUCCCUCCAACCCCGGCACACACAUUGUUGCACUCCAUUACUCAAGUGCUGCCCUAGGGUUAGGGAGUACCGAGCACAGCCAUCGCGGGUCCUCCAUACAAAUGGCCAGUAAAUAAAGCAGCCCAGUUUCACACCACUCAUGCGGCCCAGGUGGGCAUGGCUGCCACUCACCAUCCUUUAGUCCGUCCACUCAGCGCGUCUGGAGACGGUAUGCAGGCCACCUGAUCCUAGCACGUGCCCCCACCCCCCCCAUGGUGUGCUGUCCACCUGCAAGCCGCAGGCACACCACAGCACUUGCGGGCCAGUUCCCUGGAGCCAGGCUGCCUGGGCAGGAGUCGCCUCGGUCACCUUCCACCCGGAGCUAACCUCACUUUCAUCCUCGUUUCCACUUGAGCCCAGCUGUACCUACCAGUGCUCAGAACACAGAGCUGCAGACAUAAAAAGGAAGUUGGUUCCUGUCCACACUGGAGGAGUUUCCACCCUACACCAGGUGGGCGGUGGCGCAGCGCAGUAAGGUACCAACCUAACACAACUGCAGCUGAACGCCAGGCCCCAGCUCCCGUGUCUGACCCCAGUCCUGGGCGUGGACAGCAGUACAAGGAGAGCGUGGAGUGGGAAGGUCACAGGGGGUAGUCUCCUCGAAGACUCUGAGCUGACAGCAGCGGGCUGCAGGCGGCGGACGGGCCGGGUGUGCACCUGUGUGUGACCUGCUCCUUCCUAAUGAAGGUUAUGCAUAAAGCACCCACUUUUAAAAAAAUAUCGAGGAAACAGCAUGUGCCCUCGAGAGGGCCCGCGCGUUCUCUGUUAGCGCUACAUUUACUCAGAACCUGUUUGGAACUCACUGGGCAUUGCACGCACAGGCCUCUCACAUGCACACCUGUGAAACCAGAAAACAGUGAAUAAAACCAACAGCAGCAGUGGGGGAAGUGCCUACAUAUGGAUAACCACGUUGCAUGUAAGUGGAUUAAGCUCUGCAAUUAAAAGACGGAAUGACUGAAUGUGUUCAAAAAUAAGACCCAUAGGGCUGGCACUGUGGUGCACUGGGUUAAAACGCUGCCUGCAGUGCCAGCACCCCAUAAGGGCACUGGUUCGAGUCCCGGCUGCUCCUCUUCCAGUCCAGCUCUCUGCUGUGGCCUGGGAAAGCAGCAGAAGAUGACCCAAGUGCUUGGGCCCCUGCAUCCACAUGGGAGACCCAGAAGAAGCUCCUGGCUUCAGAUCAGCUCAGCUCUAACCGUUACGGUCAUUUGGGGAGUGAACCAGUGGAUGGAAGACCUCUCUCUCUCAAAUCUUAAAAAAACAAGACCCACUUUGGAUAUGCCACCUACAAGGCGAGGGCACACAGGACUGAAGGUGAGGGGAUGGAAAGUGAUGCCCAUGCAAACGGAAGCCAGCAGAGCAUAAACCCGCUUGGGAGACCGGGAGGAAGCGCCUGGCUCCUGGCUUUGGAUCUGCACAGUGCAUCAGCUGAAGCGGCCAUUUAGGGGGUGAACCAAUGGAAAAGGAAGACCUUUCUCUCUGUCUCUAACUCUGCCUGUCAAAAACAAACAAACAAACAAACAAACAAAAACCAAAAAAACCCAAAAAAAACCGGCUCUUGCAUCCCAUAUGGGCGCUGGUUCAUGUCCCAGCUGCUCCUCUUCCAAUCCAGCUCUCUGCGAGGCCCAGGAAAGCAGUGGAAGAUGGCUCAAGUCCUUGGGCCCCUGUACCCACAUGGGAGACCUGGAAGAAGCUCCCAGCUCUGGCUAUUGUGGCCCAUUUAGGAGGGUGGAGCAGUGAAUGGAAGACCUUUCUCUAUGUCUCUCCCUCUCUAACUCUGCCUUUCAAAUUAAACAAAAAGGACUGAUAUUUUAAAUAAAAACAUAAAAUAAGAACUUAAAAAUA